AGAAGAGGAGGGGAGUUCCAGAUGACAGCCUAUCUGGAAUUACUUUAAUUUGACGGCGUUGAAAGCACCGGAGAAUGCCUCCGUAAACGGGCUCUGAUAGCACUAACUUAGAAUUUUCAAACGUAGAUAUCCGGGUUGUUUUAUCACUAUUACUCACAUUGGGAGUCGUUAGCAUAACGCGUUUGCGUGGGUGGAGAUAAGACUUAAGUUCUGUUUUGUGUCAACUUUCGUUUUCGGCCAGCAUGGAUACAAACGGUGUGUCAGGCCCAGUAGGCUAGCCACUGUCAACAUAGGCUACCGAUAUAAAUACGAGGCGGUGGAGGAGGAGGUGGCUGCAGACUUAUCUGGGUAUUACAAUUUAGAAUCAGAUGUCAUCUGGUCCAGCCCCGUCUUUUACAGAAAGAUGGAUCCAGUUUCUACAUUCACUUUCACAUCCUACUGAAAUGACACAAAAAGAUGCCACAACUAGCUCCUUGAAGAUCAGUCUCUAAAAUGACCAGGGGGAAAAUGACGACCAUCUAACUCAAUGUUGGGCAACCAAUAACGGAUCUAUUAUGGAAGAUGGACUGGCUGUCACUGUGAAUCGCAUGGCCGACUCUCUGUCCAGGGAUGAGUUGCGGAGACUGCGCUUCCUCUGCUCAGACCUGUUACCUGAUAGCCAUGUGGAAGACCUGAGAGGAGCUCUAAUCUCACGGGCCCAAAUUGCUGGGAACAAUCAGUCUGCCCGCAUGAUUCUGAAGGAGCUCAUGUUUCACUUGAAGCGCUUCGACAUUCUGAAGAAGGUUCUAGGGACGAGUCGACAGGAGGUUGAACACAUGCUGAACACCAGACAGGUCCUGUCUGGAUACAGGGUGCUCAUGGCUGACCUGAGUGAGGAUCUUGCCCCAGAUGACCUCCACUCUUUGGUCUUUCUCUUCAGUAGCAAACUGGCACGUGGAAAGUUGGACACAGCCUCUAGCUUUCUGGAUCUGGUAGAUGAACUGGAGAAACUUGACGAAGUCUCCCCAGAAAAUCUGGACCUCAUUGAGCAAGGCUUUCGGAAUAUUCAUCGACUCGACCUUGCAAAGAAGAUACAAAGUUUUCAGAAAAAAGGAAGUACAAGGAAAUGUGCAGAGCACAAUUCAGAGACACAGAGAGGAGUCUGUUCCCCCACUAGUCCCCCCUCGUUCAUCUGUUCGUCCUAUUGUGCAGACUCAGCAACCAUCUUUAGAUAUACUCUUCCCUUGUUCGCACCAAAAGGCCUGAAGCUGCCUGUAGCUGAAACAAGGGUGCAUUAUCAACAGGCCACAGAGGAGUACAUCAUGGAGACCAUUCCCCGCGGUGUGUGCAUAAUCAUCGACUGUGUGGGUUGUGAUGGAGACAUGCUGAAGCAAACCUUUGAGGUCCUUGGUUUCAGGGUGAUCUUGCACACAUUACUGUGUUUGGAAGACACCUUCAGUGUCCUAAGGGAACUGUCCCAAAGUCAAGACCUUCAGGGAUCGUCAGCAUUCAUCUGCUGUCUCCUCAGCCGUGGCUUAGAGUCCAGUAUCCUGACCACAGAGUCCUGUGGCCCCGGGCUCCGCCUGGACGACAUACGGCAGCGCUUUAAUUCUCUGAACUGCUCGGCGUUGAGAGGAAAACCAAAACUUUUUCUCGCCGAGAUUUACGAGGUCCAAGAAGACCCUCUGUGGUCCUCGCAGAUGGACCAGUGCCUGGAGACUGAUGCUGGGGGAUCGGCUGGCUGUUCUCCACGCUGGCAGACGGAUGCCAUGAAAACUAUUCCAGUCAGCGCAGACGUGUUGAGCUGUGUGUGCUUGGCUGAUGACCAGCUGUUGGCGAAGAGGGGGCACCAGUCUGUGUUCUGGCAGACCAUGAGGUCAACCCUACUGCGUUGUCAUGGCAGGAGAAUUCCACUUCUUGAUGCACUCACUGAAGUGAACAGAGUGGUGCUUGAAAACCCCAAUGAAGGCUACAGAAUUAACCUGAGUCACACACUGAGAAAGACUCUUUACCUGUAACAAAUAUGACGAAGGAGUCACUGAAGGAAACACACUAUGGUUUUGUAUAGGCCUAGCAGAAAGAGCCAACAGGGUGAAAAGGUCACAAGAGAAAGACCUCAAUUGAGAGGAGGAGCCUGGGAGAGGACAAAGGAUGUGUUGGUAUUCAGAAACACACCCACAAUAGAAUGUGAACCAUAAAGAAACAUGAAUGUCUGUAAGCUACAAAACCACAUAUUCUCUUUACUCACACUAAGCUAUAGGGUCUCAAUGAAGGCAGCUCAAGUUAAUUUUUGUAUUUUGUGUUGUGUAUAUUUAAGUGACAGGCAGCUUAUUAAACCAGUACACUUUGUGCAUAGUUAACCUGGUGAUACUUCCAUAGAAAUACCAUUGGUUGCAUUAAAGCAUACAUUCAUGAAAACCA